AUGUCACUACUACGGCACCUCAUCGUUUCGAGUUGUUUGUUUCCGGAGACAAGAGGAGACAUUUCCUACCUUUGUUUAAGUGACCUGGCUUACUGCCAUGCCAGACCAAUAGUCAACGGCAACUUCCAGACUGACAUUUACAAAAGGAAUAAAAACAAAAACCGAACUACAAUAUACCGUUAUCUACGAAACGCUCCAACAUCGAUUCAAAUCUUGGUAGAGCAAAUGCAACCACGAGGGACAAAUAUGGAUAAUCAGCGCAGAGCAGCACAAGCACAUACGGUAAACCGCACAGUCGACACACCUUCACGGACAAACUGGUGA